GAACGACCUCGGGCUUCAUAGCGUUCGAAGAGGUGCUGCGGCUCUACGAUUGCCCAGACGUGGUGGUGGUCUCGCCGGAGAGUGCCGCCGCCCGUCCGCUGGAGGCUGCCAUCACGGGUGGCGUGGUCUUGGGCCGCGCGCACACGCGCUACGCAGUGCACCGGACGGAUGGGGAGGGACGAGUGGCUUCCGUGGACGUGUAUGUUGCCUUCCGCUGCUCCGGGCAGUCGCUGCAGAAAGAGGAGCUGGAGGUCCCAGCGAGGGUCUUGAUGUAUAG